UCUAUGACAGUGAACACAGGACAGCUCUGAUGAAGGCUAUACAAUGCAAGGAAGAGGAAUGUGCAACCAUUCUGCUACAACAUGGUGCUGACCCAGAUAUUAUGGAUGCCAGUGGCAACACGGCUCUCCACUAUGCUGUCUGUGCUCAGCAUAUACCAAUAGCAGCCAAACUGCUUUCAUACAAUGCAAAUAUUGAGGCAAGAAACCAGGAGAGGAAGAACAUUCUGAAGAAGACUCUUUGAGCAGGCUUUCUAUCACACCUGGCAUUGAUGAUUCAUGGCCUACACCAGAUGAAAAAGACUUCGAUUUUGAUCACAAGACUCUCCCCAAACCAAGCUUAACAAAGCUAAUGACUGCUCCUCAGCAAUUCAGGAAAAACAUAGAAGAAUAUCGUAGCAUUGUGAGACCACAAAAUAGAACUUUGUUGGCGGACAGUAGUUCUGAUAGUGCACGUGAAGAAGAUGUGGUUGAAACUCUCCAAAAGUUGCCAGUCAGAGUCCAGGGCCUCCCUCAUGCUGCCUUUCCAUCACCUGACCCUCUUCUAAAACCUCCCCUCGAGUCUUCAGCAGUCCCUGGUGCUACAAAGGUCAAAAAGCAAAUGAAUUCUGUGGAUGAUCUUGAUGACUUAACUCAGACAUCUGAAACAUCUUCAGAGGAUUGUGACUUGCUUAGCCCUAAUUGUAAGAAUUCUGUGUUGCUAAUUGAACAACUUUGAAUGGUUUGUAAAGAUUCUGUUAGCCUAUUGAAAAUCCAGGAUGCAAUUCUUUCAUAUGAAACAGUAAUAGAACUUAAAAAAAAUCGUUGUGAACUACUUACAGAAAAAAUUAAAACAACAAAAAAUAAAGUUAGUGGUCUACAAAAGGAGCUAUCAGAAACCAAAGAAAUGAAAUCACAGUUAGAGCAUCAAAAAGUGGAAUGGGAACUAGAACUUCGCAGUUUGAGAUUUACCUUAAAACAGGAACAAGAGAAAAGAAGAAAUGCUGAUAUGUUGUAUGACAAAAUUAGAGAACAAUUAAGAAGAAAAGAAGAGCAGUAUAAUGAAGAAGUUGAAAUGAAACAACAACUUGAACUCACUCUUCAAACACUAGGUAUAGAGUUGAGGACUGUAAGAAAUAAUUUAAAUCAGGUUGUAGAAGAGCGAAAUGAUACCCAGAGGCAACUUUUUCUAGAACGGAGUGCCAGAAUAUUACAAGAAGGAAUUCAAAAGGCCAAAGAAAUGGCUCAAAAGAAAGUUUCUGAUAGUCAUGAGAAAGGAGAAGAUCUUUUGCAUAAAAAUCAUAUGUUGCAGGAUGAAAUUGCCAAGCUAAGAUUGGAAAUAGACACAAUGAAAAUUCACAACCAGGAAAAAGAAAAGAAAUAUUCCGAGGACAUGAAAAUUGUAAAAGAAAAAAAUGAUGACCUUCAAAAGACAUUAAAACUGAAUGAGGAAACAUUAACAAAAACAAUAUUUCAGUAUAAUGAACAGAUUGAUGUUCUGACAUCACAAAAUGCAAUGCUAAACUCUAAAUUAGAGAGUGAAAAACAAAGCAAGGAAAGACUGGAAACAGAAGUUGAAUCAUACCGUUCUAGACUGGCUGCUGCAAUAAAUGACCAUGAUCAAAGUGAGAUAUCAAAAAGCUGAAACUCACUUUCCAGAGAGCAAAAGAUGAGUGGUUUCAUUUACAGGACAAAAUUAAUUUUUAUGUGUCUAACCUAAAAGACAACAAUGAGAUUCUUUCUCAACAGCUUUCUGAAGCUGAAAGUAAAUUCAAUAGCCUAGAAAUCUAGUUCCAGCACAUAAGACAUGCUUUGAGAGAAAAGAUUUUGAUUUUAGAACAUGUACAAAGAGACCUAAGCCAAACCAAAUUUCAUGCUCCUGAGGAGGAAACAUGAGAAGGUUCUGACACUAUUGGAUUAACAGUGACACAAAACCCCAAAGAGUGCUCCCAUGUCCUCAAGGGGCUCCUUUAAUGUAAUUCACUUCUGUCAAAUUUUCUUUUCAUGGAAUUCAGGUAUUCAGGAAUACAGUUAUUGUUUGGCUAGCACAGGAAUUUAGGUGCCAGGAAACAAGAAUUUUGGAUCAUUUCCAUUGGAAUAAUAAGAAAAAGUAGAAAAUGAGUAUUGGUGAUAGACAGUCAAGGUAAAACAAGAAAAGUUUCAGAGGAGAAUCAAAGAUUUUUAGGGAGAUCUAUGAAGAUGAAGAAAAAUAAACUAAGCCAGAGUCAUCCAUACCCUAGUUCCUUCUUUGAGAACAGAGAGCAUGAAAUUUGGCUUACAAGAUUUUGCCAGUGUUACAGAUGUCUUCCCACUCAAUGAACAGAAGCUUCAUGACACCAUGAAACAGGGAUCAGGCAAAGGGUUUUGUCUGUUUGUCUGUUUUUUCCCAUUCAAGCUUUCCUUUCUUAUGCGAGGCAAGGCUAAGCUAAAGUCAGAUGUCAUGCCCAUUCCUUCAAUCCCCCUGCCAAUGGAAGAAAAGUAGUCCAAGGGUUCAAAGUAGUCCAAGGUUCCUGACUUGUCAUGGCUUCCUCUCAAAGAGGCAGACAUCAAAGAAAAGCCCUGUGGAUAUGGGGGUGAUCCUUAUCAUUUCCCAUCAGUUCCAAGGUGGCAUCUAGUCACAACAUUUUUUUUCUUUGGAGCACCGAGGGACAUUCUUUUUCUUCACUAUCCUAAUAGAAUCACAGGAGAUAAAGCAGUACAAUCUCCAAGAUGGCUUUGGAUUAGAGAUUGUCUGCAUUUGUUAUUUCCUCCUCCCUUAGUAUUGUCUGUCUUCUCAGAAAAAGGCACUCAGACCUUGAGAGAUUUCCUUAAUAACAGAUAAUAGUCACACCCGACUAAUUUUAUGUGCUUCUUAGAAGAGAGGCAAAACAGCAUAUGUAAAAUACAAGGAGCUCUUCAAGACCAUAAUGCUACACUAAGUUUUACUUCUGAAUCAUAGAAAGGUCCUGAAUGCUCAUUGUGUAAUAUUUUGAAAAAUGUAGAAAAGCAUGGAAGAAGAAAAUAAAAAUUGCUCAUAACCCAUCACUUUUAAGAGGGCAAAUGAUAGCCUGAGGGUCAAAUCCUGUCCAGUGCCUCUUUCUUCCAGUAUGGCCCUCAAGCUAAGAAUGUUUUUUAUGUUUUUAAAGGGUUGUAAAAAACAAUAACAAUGCCUACCAGGAUGACAACAACACACACACACAAAGAAGAAUAUGUGACAGAGACUUUAUAUGGCCCAGGAAGACUAGAAUAUUUACUAUUUGACCCUUUACAGAAAACAUCUUCUGACUCUUGAUAGAAAGUAACAACUAUUAUUUUGGUGCCUUUCCUCUCUUGAGUACCUGUGCAAAUUUUUAAGAAAAAAAUCUGUGAUAAUCUUUGAUUUUGUAUAUUAUUUUUUCCUCCUACUCUAAUACUAUGUCAUGUACAUUUUACCCAUCAUUAAAUAUUCUUCAAAAA